AUGGCUGCUAUUUUUGCUGGACAAAGUACGUCCACACCACCACUCUCAGCGGCACCGACAAAACCAAAGCGACGCCAGAACAAUAACAACGUCAUCUACGCCAACCCCCUUCCCAUCCUGCUCGAAACCCCGCGGUCGACGACCUCUCUCGGGCUCUUUUCUCCAACAAGGAUCGUCAACCCCAAGUUCUCAGCUAUCUAUGAUCCGAUGACACGAAGCGUGUGGGUUACGGGAAAGGGGGAUGUGCGGGUGUUGUGGGAGAGAGGAUUUUUUGGCAAGGGGAGUUUGUCACGCAGCGAGCCGACGUGGUUGACGAGAAGGGUCAUGCAGCUCAACGGGGGUGAUGUAAUGACCGCCGAGGAGAUCACUGCAAAGAGGCGAGAGCAAAGAAAGCAGUUCAAGGCUUCCCGAGCAGCUGCGAUCCAGAAGGCUGCUCAGGAGGCAGAAGCAUCGUUUUCCGCUUCGCUCGCCUCUCCGGGAUCGGCGACAUAUGACGUGCCUCUGGCUAAAGCGCCGCAUAAUGUUCCUCGUCCGACAUUUGAGCCUGCGGCAUGUAAGGGCAACGCGGAUAACCGACCGUCACGGACAGAGGAAGACGAUGGGACGAAAGGAGCCGACGGGGUCGAGACGAUUGAUGAAGACGACGUAGAGAACAUGGAGCAUCUGCAGUUGACGCUGCAGGAGGCAUUCUUCCUUGCAUGGGGGCUAGAUUGUCUGCGAAUACUGGACACUGAAUCGGGUCAAUACCUCUCCCUGCAAACCCUUUGGUCGCUCUGCCUCUCCGCCUCUGCUUCUCCCAAUCCCUUCCAACCCGCAGCACGAGCCGCGUCCCACCGCAUGGACAACCCUUUCCUCAUCAAUUAUAUUGUUUAUCAUCAUUUCCGUUCCCUGGGCUGGGUUGUCCGAGGCGGGAUCAAGUUCUGUGUCGAUUACCUGCUGUACAAGCGCGGUCCGGUGUUCACUCAUGCCGAGUUCGCCGUUGUCAUAUGUCCGGUAUAUGAAGAUCCGGAGGAUGCUGUCUCUUGCCCCUUCUCCAGCAUGAGUACAGAGCCAUUCACAUGGUCCUGGUUCAGCACUAUCAGUCGUGUCAAUACUCAAGUGAAGAAGACGGUCAUCCUUGCGUAUGUGACUAUCCCUGCGAUGACCCGGACCAACGGUCGGACGUUGGACGGGCCGGGGUGUUUGGGGAUGUUCAGCGUCAGAGAAGUGGUUAUAAGGAGAUUUGUGCCGGCUAGAAUGCGAGACUAA